GGCAGCAGCAACGUCCAGAAUUGAGUGCUGACGAGCGGUUGUAUACGGCGGUCUCGAUGGUGUGAUAUGUCGGUGAUGAGGGUCUGACCAGCAGAUACCCUCUGAGCUGAUUGCGCAAUGCCGCAGGAGGAUGAGAGGCGCCGAAGAGUUUCAGGAUGUGUUGAAGAAGGCGGCAGAUGAAUAAAGGUCUCGAGAUCCUGACCGGCGCAUUCCCGAGUGUGCGACGACAAACGAGGGAGAGCGGUGAUCGUCGGGGAGAGAGAACGGGCGCGUGUCGAGUCAGCGGUCGAUGGGGCGAGGUGCGAUUGUGUCGAAUGGUCAAGCAGCGAUGGUGUUAUUGGUGUUGUGGAGGCGGUGAUGCAUGUCAAUGCGUGUGUGUGUGUGCAAUGUGUCGUGUAAUGAAUGUGAGAGUGUUGCGCGCGUAUACGUUGUGCGUGGUGCGAGUGAAUGUGUGGAAGUGGAUGGAGAGAUCGUAGGGCAGCAGGCAGGCAGGCAAGUAUCUAGGUAGGCAGGGAGAAGACAAAGGAACUUCCAACGGCUGGAUGGACGGCUGUGCUC